AUGCUUCCGGCACGCCCCCCCCCCCCCCCCGGCCAGCAUCACCUCCUGCUGGGCCAUCAGUGGGGCUCCCGCGGCCCAGGAACGAAGUCGACCACCUCUCAGGUUAGGAAGGUGUCGUCCAGGCCAUCCUCUGGCGUGUCCCCCACCGGGUGUUUCCUUGGAAGCUGGCCCGCCUGGGCACGUCCGUGCAGAGGGCACCCGUCUCAGCUGCUGGCCCUCAUCCCCCCGGAGGGAGGACAGCCCCCCGCCCUGGGCAUCCCAGGAGGGUUUGGGCUGGCAGACCCCCCGGGCAAGUGCUGGAGCCCACGCCACGCUCCCUGCUCCGCGGAGGCCCUGGCUGGGCCCAGCUGGAGUGUCCAGCCGGAGCGUGAUGGGCUGGUGUUGAUCCCGCCCUGGAGUUCGGUCCCUGCCCACGCAGGUGUGUGUGGACAACACCCGCACUGUCGAGACCCCGUGCGCACAGACCUGCUCGCCAUCCGCAAACACACGACCCGUUACCAGCGUUUUCUGUUCAUUUUUAAUCAAGACUCUCCCCCAACCCUGUUUUCCUAUAAAUUUGCUUGUUGUAAGCAAGUAUGUAAGGACCCCUUCUUUGGUGAAAUCCGGGUUCGAAUGAAUACCUUGAGGCAAGGAGACGCAUCUAUUUUAAGAUGCUUUGGAGCAAACAGCUUUAGCCAUUGCCAGCCCUUAGCAAUGCCUUAG